AUGACUAAUAGUGAAGAUUAUCUUAUGUCAGAAAAUAUGAUAAUUGAGAUUCUCUCAAGAUUAUCGGUAAAAUCGUUAAUACGAUUUAGGUGUGUAUGCAAACAUUGGUACGCUACCAUCAUAAGCUCCAAUUUUAUUAACAAGCACCUCUACCAUUGCCACAAUAGUUCUUAUCUCAUUGUUAAACAUUAUAAUCAAGUCACUGAAAAAAAAGUUUUAGGCCUAUUUCCAGACAAAAUGCUGGCAAGUCCGCCUCAUGAAUACCACCACCUCGAUUAUAUUCAGUUGCCUACUUAUGUUGAAACAAUGGUAGGUCCCUUUAAUGGCAUUAUUUUCCUUUUUGAUGGUACUGAUCCAGAUCAUAUUGAGAUGUGGAACCUUGCCACAAGAGAAUGUAGGUUCCUCCCAGUGCCCCACUCUGGCCUUCCACCUCAUUUCACGGCCUUCGUUGAUAAUUUUGGAAUAGGGCUGGAUCCUUUAACUAAUGAUUUCAAGAUGGUUUGGAUACGGUACUGCUGGGAUGAUACAAUAGAUAACCAGUAUAAAUAUAAAGUUGUUUCAGUUUAUACUUCACGUACUGAUUCUUGGCGGGUUUUUGAAGUUGAUUUUUCCGGAAAGGGUUCCAUACUCCAUUCUUUGUGUAACACAUACAUUAAUGGAGCAUAUUAUUGGUUGACCAUUGAAAAUGAUAUUGACUACUAUAUGAUUCUUUCAUUUGACAUGGCCAAUGAGAAUUUUCGAGACUUACGAGCGCCUCCUGAUAUUACUGGGCCACAAUGGGGAGAGCUUCUAUUGUACAAUGAUUCUAUUGCUAUGUUCCUCUAUGAUUACCAGAUAGUUGAGAAAAUUUUUGACUUGUGGGUGAUGGAGGAGGAAGGUAUUUGGAAUAAACCAUUAACUAUUGGACCGAUCUUAGAAAUUGAGAGGCCACUUGGCAUUUGGAAAAGUGGUGAGGUCUUUUUCGAAAAUAGCACGUCACAGUUAAUCCUGUACAACCCUAAUACCAAAGAAAUUAAGGACAUUGGAGUUCGUGGAUAUGGCCACUGCCUUGACGUUUUUAUGUUCAGAGAGAGUCUAGUACCGGUCAAGGGAGAAAAUGAAAGCCCUAAAGUUGAUCGUUCGGUCAGUCAUUAUUAUCAAACACCUCAAGAAUUAUAG